CUUGAACUUAAGCAUACUUAAGUAAUAGUCAUGAAGACGAUCAGUUCUUCAUUUCAAUUGCAAGACUCCUACCCAUCCAGUACACGAUCUCAUUCUAGCAUUGAACCAGGAUCUCACUCGUCUGCGAACAUGAUGUUACAUUUCUGUCCGGAAGUAACCACAAGCAGUCGUGCCCUGGUCUCGAAAGCUCAAACAGAGAUUGAUAAUGAACUUGUGGCACUUGAAGAGAGAAUGCGAGCUCUUCGGAUGCGCCGAAACAGUUUCUCCCCCAUUUCUUCCAUUCCUCCAGAGAUCCUUGGUGCCAUUUUUGUCCAUCAUGCCCAUCAGGUUCAGAUGCUUUAUGCUCCUGAUAGCCAUGUGGUUCUUUCAUGGCUCAUCGUCGGACACGUUUGUUGCUACUGGCGCGAGGUUGCCCUCGGAACCCCGGAGCUAUGGGCUACCCCGUUUCUCAAUUCCUCAAAAGGCACGGAGGAAAUGCUCAUGAGGUCCAAAAUGGCUCCCUUGAUAUUGCGAACUGGCCAGCAAUAUCGUAUAGACUGCGUCCAAAAGACAUUGAUACACAUAGAGCGUUUACAAGAGGUCUCUCUUAUGUUCUCAAAUGGUGGUAUGACACACCACUGUAUUGUGGAAUUCCUUAACAAGUUAUCAUCUUGUUCCGCUCCCAAGCUACUAUCCCUUUCUUUGGAGGGAGCAUAUACACAAGCACCACAGAUGGCAAUCCCGACUACUUUCCUCGCGCCCAACCUUCGCAAACUCCAAAUCACCCGCUGUAAUCUAUCAUGGGCGUCUUCCGUCCUGACUGGACUCACAGUCCUUGAUAUCAAAGCACUACCACCCCAAUGCCUUCCAACUUUAGACGAGUUCAUGUCUGCGCUCCGUCGUAUGCCUGCUCUGCACACUCUUGCCUUAGAAGAUGCUCUCCCGACUCUUCCCGUCAACACGAAUUCACUCCCUCGUGUACCCCGUGCUAUGAAUGUCCGACUUCCCCACUUGAAACGAUUGCGUUUGGUGGCGAAAAUGUUGGAAGUAGCCAAUGUGCUAAAUCGCGUUGAGUUACCUAAUUUAGCAGGAUUGGAAAUUCGACUCGGAUGCCGCGUAUCUUCAUCUGGGAAUGCUACUCAAGAAUGGAAUCUGAGCCUCUCCAUCAUUUCUCGUCUUUUGGACUGUUACUUCAAAGCUGAGUCUCGGCAAGUUCCCCGUUCCGUACGGCUGUCCGCCGAUGGUCCCAUUCGUUUGCAAUGCAGCACGGUCCGGAACCCUCUUUCGUGGGUGGCUACUUCGUGGGUAGGGUCAACAUCUAAGGCUUUUCUGGAUAUGGAGUGGACGGCGGAGUCCCCCGUCAUUCUUGACUUUGACUUUCCCCGUGAAACGAGCAGGACAAUCCUCUACAACUUGCGGAGGCUCGUUCCUCUGCGCAGUCUCGAGGCCUUGUACGUCGAAGGUCAUUUCCCUUGUUGGGAUGGUUUCUGGAAUGACGUUACUGCCCGCGGUACUGCUCGCAAUCUUGCAUACAUUUACUUGCGAGGAAACGCCCCAGCUCUUGAGGAUCUUCUCAAAUCCUUACGUUCGCAUAAGCACAGUGUAUCGCGGUCCAUGGGUGGCCAUUUACGAAGGGGACCCAUUUUUUCCCCAGCACUCUCCCACCUUGUCCUUGACAAUCUGGAUUUCGACCAGUACACCAUGACCUUUUUGCGGCCCUCUGACCUCCGUGAUGUGCUCAUGGAUCGUGUCAACGAAGGUCGGGGGUUAGACCACCUUGCGAUGACUGUAUGCACGGGUGUCAGUGCUCGCGAGGUGCGGUUGUUGCGAGAAGUGGUGGCCGACGUGAGCUGGGAUGAAUACGAUAGUGAUUAUGACCUCGAAUAUGACUAUGACUCAUUGGAAGAUGAUGAUGAUGAUAACUACAGUUUCUACAGUGAUGGGAACUACGGCGGGUACUAUUAG